AUGACAGGCACAAGGCCUUGUUCUGAAGAAAACGGCGCAGUCUCCAACGCUUCCUCCGAGACAUACGCGAACCUUGAUGGGCCAUGGGGCUUUGCGAUGCCAUCGGGGACCCUCGAACAGGCUAACUACAUGCAACAGUACAGCCAGCUGUACUUUUGUCGUCUGGCAGAAAUGCGCAACUUUUACAGCACCUAUACAGAUAUCACGCGAGUUGCGAUCUCGCAGCUGAACCCCGUUCAGACGCAAUGGGUUGUGGGCAUCAUUUUCAAGCAGAUGCCCUUGAAACCCUCGAUCCUCAAGAGCUAUGCCGACGACAUCAUGCUCACCGUCCCUGAACUGCGUCUCCUGAACUACACAUCUGGUGAUGAUCGCGUAUACGUUGAGGACGAGACUGGUCGUAUCGAGUGCGUGUUCCACCCCGAAGACCGCAAACAUGAUGUCGUCACGGGAAUGGUCAUUGCGCUGCAAGGGCUGGUAGGCGCGGACGGGCUCUUUCGCGUGAACGAGAUCCGACUGCCGAUGCAUCCCGCACCGAUACCACUGCCUUGUUCGGGACAAUCCGCAAAACAGUAUAUCUGCUUCCUGUCUGGGGUUGAUGUUCGCACGCCGGCGGCACAGCUCUUCCUCGACUACGUUACAGGCUGCCUUGGCGCCGAUACCGUCCAACUCGGGGCAUGCAUGCGAGUGAUCGUCGCUGGAAACCUUCGAGGCGAACGAUCCUUACUCGACCUUUUCCUGAAGACGCUUGCCGAGCACGUGCCCGUGGACCUUAUGCCCGGCGAGGAGGACCCCGUGCAUGCGGCCUUCCCGCAACAGCCAUGGCAUCGACUCCUGCUUCCCCAGAGCGCCUCGCAGGACGAUGCACAGAAUCGACUCGUUCGCUGCAGUAAUCCGCAUGCAUUUCAAAUCAAUGGUUGUCUCUUCCUGGGAACAUCCGGACAGAAUGUGAAGAAUUUCUGCCGCUUCUCGCGAGUUCGCAACGAACUCGAGGCGCUCCAACGACUUCUCGAAUGUGGACAUCUCGCACCGACUUGUCCGGAUACCAUGGCCUGCGUCCCGCGAGGCGACCACGACCCCCUCGUUAUCCGCGAGGUUCCGCACGUGCUUUUCACUGGCAACGCGGAUACCUUCAGGUACCAACAGCGUGUGUUCGGGGCAGCUCGAAACGCAGGGACGGCAGCGCCUGUGACGUUGCUGACGGUUCCACGUUUUGAUGCGACCGGCACUGCAGUGCUGCUCGCACUGCCUGAAUUAACGCCGACGACUUUACAGUUUUAA